AUGCCCACCACCCGUCCCGACAUCCUCCUCAUCCAAUCCCCCAUCCAAGCCAUAGACCACACCCGCCGCACCCUCCUCGCACAAAACUUCAACCUAAUCAACUACGACUGCACCACCCUCUCCGACUUCCGCCAGCGCAUGCACCCCGGAAGACCCUACGCCUCACUCCAAGCCAUCCUACGACUAGGCUGGCACAAAGUCGGCGCGUACGCCGACCUCAAACCCUUCAUUCAGCACGGACAUGGUAGCGCAUUUCCACCCUCUCUCAAAAUACUCUGUUCCUCCGGCCACGGCUACGACGCCGCCGACACAUUCGCUCUAGCCAAACGCGGGAUAUGGUACUGCAACACGCCGAACGCGUGCACAGAAGCAGUCGCGAAUUCUGCGCUGUGGCUCGUGUUGGAUACGUUCCGGUAUUUGACUUUUGCGCAGAAUAGUGCGCGGCAUGAUUGGAGCCUCAGUUGGGAUUUUGGGAUGGAGGCGGAAGAUCCAACGGGGAAUUCGCUAGGGAUUGCCGGGCUGGGGGAUAUUGGGAUGGCGAUUGCGAGGAAGAGUGAAGUGGCGUAUGGGAUGAGGGUGCAUUAUUGUGGUCCGAGACGGAAAGUUGAGAAUGAGAAGGGGCUGGAGUAUGGGGCAAGGUAUUAUGAGACGGUGGAAGAUAUGAUUCCAGCUGUAGAUUGUCUCGUUCUCGCCGCGCCGUUUACUAGGGAGACGCAUCACAUGCUGGGUAGAGAUCAAUUCGCUCUUGCGAAGCCAUCGGUCUCAGGGUCUUGA